AUGGACGAGUCCAAACACGUCGGGAGAGAAACAGAUACUAAUACGGAGAAUUGGCCAUCAGCAGCGCCAGCGGCGGCGCCCCGAACAAGACCGACGGCUGGGUUGCCGCCGGACGAGUCCAAGACGCCCACGCGCCGAGCGCGACCUCGGCCAGGAUCCGUAAGAAUACAAAAACCGGCGAGAAUGGACGAGUCCAAACACGUCGGGAGAGAAACAGACACUAAUACGGAGCGACGGCCGUCGGCAGCGUCGGCGGCGGAAUCCCGGACAAGACCGGCGGCCGGGUCGCCGCCGGUCGGGCCCAGGACAUCCGCGUACCAAUCGCGACCGAGGCCGGGAUCCGCAAGAAUCAGAUUGACGGCGGAAACGGCCGAAACCGAAACCGUCGCGUUGCCGGCGGAAACGGCCGAAACCGCAACCGUCGGGUCGCCGGCGGAAACGGGCGAAACCGCAACCGUCGGGAGAGAAUCGGUAACCACAUGCGUGGAACCAAAAGACGACGAAAUGGACGGCGAAGUGGCUGCCACGGAGAGUUUUAUGUCCCCGGAGCCAGCCCGCCGGCCAAACGCGCAAAAGACGGUAGCGGAACGCACGGAACCGCUACCGGAGGUCGCGGACGGCGACGAGAUUGCCACGGGGGGGUUUAUUUCCCCGGAACCCGUCGACGGAGCGCGCGACGAAACCGGCGAAACAGCACGCGGACUGACGCCGGAAAGGACGAAAAAGGGGGCUGACCUGAUCGAUCCAGAUGGAGGCAGGGGAGGUUCCCGGCCCCGGGAGCCUCCCCGGUGA